AUGGUGGAGUAGACAAAAUCAGAGGGGAUUAAGCUUGGAAAAACCACCUGAUUUGGGACUAAACCGAUGGAAAUAGGAGGGCAGUGGCCGAACGCGACAGACCAUUUUCACGACGUUUUCAUGGAGCGUUGAUAAUAACAUGUGGUGGUUUGCCUUAAUGAUGUUUACAUCACCAGCAUUUCCAUUCAUCUUAUUUGUAUGUAUUGGUUUAUCUGAGGCGGCUCCUCGCGUUAUUCCUCACAAUGCUUUAACGUUAUCUGUGUUAAGAAAGCCUCGCGAAAUAUCUGAGGCCACCGUGGAACAUCGAAACAUCACUAUCGUUAAUCGUUUUCCUGAGGAGAUGUUGGGUAUUGUCUCAUUUACUGGUUUGACACCGGCACCUACAGUCUUACCAACCAGCAAAACGAUACAUGCUACUGCGCCAAGUCCUACCACCAUCGAACUACCAACAACGGAUCCAACGACCCCUUCUCUCAAGACAACAUCUACAGUAGGAGUGCAACCUGCUGUAUUUGGCCAAGAAAUUCAUGGAUUAGUCACACUGGAAUCUAACUCGGCGACGUCUGUUUCAUCAGUGAGAAAAACAGGGCAGACUAUGGGUUCUGAAAAUUCACAGGGAGCAAACAACAUGUCAGAUAUUAUCGCAACCUCCGACGAUUCUCAAGAGCUGGUGUGUAAUUGCAGUUCGGGGGGUGUGCUGGAUCCUGAUGAGUGUGAUCGAACCACAGGUCAGUGUGUGUGCUUGAUGGGCUACACUGGGCUACAGUGUGAGGAGUGUGAAGAAGACCACUUCCCAAACGGCACUGCCAGAUGCCUGCCCUGCAGCUGCGACUCCUUCGGCGCAGUCAGUCCACGCUGUGACAGCGCAGGAAUAUGCGUGUGUAAAACGGGAGUGUACGGACCCAAGUGCGAUGACUGCCAUCCUGGAUUCUUCCAUUUCAGUGCCACGGGGUGCCAACCAUGUCAGUGCAACGGUCACUCCACAGACUGUCAACCUCAAUCAGGCAUAUGUACGGACUGCCAGAAUAACACUCAGGGCCAGAACUGUGAGGAGUGCCAGGUGAAUUUCUAUCGUCGCCAUGGCGACGGCGUGACGGACGCGUGCCUGCCUUGCCCCUGUUCCCCUCUCACUUCAACAGGCAGCUGCCACCUUGACUCCGGAGGAAAUCCCGCGUGCGACCAGUGCAAGCCGGGAUUUUCUGGCGCGUCGUGCGACGUCUGCGCGGACGGGUUUCGCAGAUCCGGCGGGGCCUGCGUUCCCUGCGACUGUAACGGCAACGCCGACCCAAACUUCGCACCCCAAAUCUGCCACCCUGAGACCGGGCGUUGCCACGGCUGUGCCAACCACGCAGCGGGCGCACACUGUGAGAUCUGCGCCGACGGAUACACGGGAGACGCAAGGGCUCAUAACUGCACUCGAAGAUCUGUGAGAGUUUUGUUUCCCGAGGAUCCUGGUACCUUGAUUGGAGCUACUCAGGAAAGCACCACCACCACCUCUGCUCCUUCUCCAUCCGUUACUCCACUCCAGACUCCAACCCCUAGCACCACCUCUGCUCCUGCCAUGUCCACGACCCUACUCCGCCUGACCUCCGCGCCCGGCGGCCACGGCGCCCGGACCGCGCCGCCCGACCGCGAAGACCCGAUGGGUAACAGCACCGCCUCGGCCCUGACGGUGGUCUCCUGGACCCAGUUCAACAUAAUCAUCCUCGCCGUCAUCAUCGUCAUGGUGGUCUUGCUCAUGGGUUUUGUGGGCGGGGUUUACAUGUACCGCGAGUACCGCAACCGAAAGCUUAACGCCCCCUUCUGGACCAUCGAACUCAAGGAAGACAACAUCAGCUUCAGCAGUUAUCACGACAGCAUCCCCCAUGCCGAUCCGGCGGGACUCCUGGAGGAGGAGCCGUGCGUGGUGGCCGCCAAUGGCCAGCUGGCCCUGGCUACGGCCGCGAACAUGUACAAAGCCUGA